AUGGCGAAUCAAGCCUCCCAACAGCAAACAUUCAUAGUCGGAAUCUCCGGCCCCUCCUCCAGCGGCAAAACCACCCUCGCCCGUCUCCUCCAACGGAUCUUCUGCGGGGUGCAGCUGAAGUCCGAACAGCUAAACACAUUCAUCAUCCACGAAGAUGACUUCUACUACUCUGAUGACCAAAUUCCUUACACAACCCUCCCCUCCGGCAAACAAAUACAAGAUUGGGAUACCGUCGCCGCAAUCGACACGAGCUUUCUCGCGCAGGCACUCUCCUACGUCCGGAUGAAUGGCAGUCUCCCGCCACGACUAUCUAGUAAAGAAGAUCAAAAUGAGAAAGGGGAGAGUGGAGUCGAAGAUUCCCUCGUGCAGGAACUGAGGGAUCUUGUUUCGAGCCGACUUGCCAAUGCGCCUUCGAGGACAAUUGCGUUUAUGGAGGGGUUUCUGCUCUAUGCUCCGCCGUCUACAGCUACUGAAAAGGGGGAAGAUAACCCUCUCACGAAAGUCCAGGCCCAAAUUCACCUCCCUCUUUUCCUGCCUGCGCCGUAUACAACUGUGAAGGCUCGUCGCGAGGGGAGGGCAGGAUACGUUACGAUCGGGCCUGGGGUGGAUCAGCCGUCACCAGGGGAGGGGAAUACGGUGGAUAAGGAGGAUAAGGAGGUUGAUCUGGAGGGCGAGGAUGAUCGGCCGCCGCAAAAUUUCUGGGUUGAUCCGCCUGGUUAUGUGGAUGAUAUCGUUUGGCCGAGGUAUGUUGGGGAUCAUUCUUGGUUGAUUAUUCCUGAUCAUGGAGAGGGAGAGGGUGGUGAUGGGAGGGAUUUGGUGAAGAGGGUUGGAGAAGGCGUUAAUGUUCGGACUGAUGUGGGUGUUUGUGUUGCGCCGGGGAAAGGGGCUGUUGGAAUGGACGUUGUGGUAAGGUGGGCGGUUGAGGAGAUUUUGAGACGGUAUUUGGGAGUUUGA